UCCAAAACUGAAGGAGUCGAAGCUGGGAUGGGAACAGCAGCUAGAAGGCUCGCCUGUUUGUUGUUUACCAGGUCUCUGGAGCGAAGGGGAAGGUGUAUUUGGGCCAGGGUCUGAUGACGCUCGGCGAAGCUACGUCAGAGCCCAGACCGAGGACUACUUCACAGGCAGCCUCUUGGCAUCAGCCAGCACUCGACUAAUUACUCCUUUGGACCACAUCAUUCUUCUCUUCUGUUCACAUCUGCAAGAGCUACAAAUCCAUAAUACAGACCAUCGAGGUUGAUUUGUUUCCAUUGCAAAGAACGAAGCCAUCCAAGUCUCUCCGCCAUAAAUGUCAUCAGUCGUUGAUAAGCGCUAGCUCCAAGUCCCCUCCAACGAAGCUUCCCUGUGAUCCAACUCUACCUACCUGCCCAUAGCCUCAUACCUAUCCUUCACCGAAACUGGCGCCUCCACCACUUCGACCAAGAGCUGGGCAUCCUCAUCAUCGCCAGAGUCUCUUCCGCUACCUAUUCCCACACCCUCGACAGACCGCGCGCGACAGACUUACCACCUUCCCUUUCGAUACACUUCCAUACUAUAAGCUUCGAGCGCAGUCGCGGAUUUUCAGCUUCAUCGUCAAGCGCCAGAAACGACAUCAAGAGAAAAGAGUCGCAGGGACACGGAUUGUCGAUAUCCUCCGCAGGCGGGGCAGCAGAAUCUUUGGCGUGCCGAAGAACAAUGAGACUGGAGGACGAUCUAAGCUGACCAUGUCUGGUUUGCCUGGUAACGGCUCAGUUGAGGUUGGUGGCGAGAGAGAAAGUGGCUCAAGGAGAAAGAAACUGGCGGGAUAUCUGAAGGCUGCGAAUGAUUUAAGGCAGUCAUACCAACAGUCCUACUCGGAGAGAUGGGGUUCUGCGAACGGGGACUUUGGCGAUGAUACCAAGGGGAUUCCGGGAUCUUUCCCGGAUGUUGCAAUAGUGUCGCAUGGGGACGAGCAACUCAUUUUGUUUCCAUCUUAUGCAAAGAAGCAUGUCAGGCAACAGCCUCCUGAUCCAGCCUCAAAUCCGGUUCGGAGAGAUAGUAGUGGGAGUGAGAUGAGCGCUGAUGGACCUGCUGAUGCAGAAUACUGGGCUAGGGAAUGGCAAAAGUUUGAGGAUGAUAGAGCAGUAGUAGAUGUUGAUGUUCGAGGCUGGAUAUACUCCCCCCAUAGAGGACCAAUGACAAGGAAGAACAGGUUGUUGAUUGGCCUCGCUCGACAAUUGAGUGGAAUUCCAGCACCAAAGGACCCGAAUAGAGACAAUAGUCCAGAUGCUGCACCAUCAUUGAUUGCAAGGCACCAGGAACACGAGGCUCGCCGCGAUGAAGAAAGGAUUGCUCGUGAGGCGGACGAGAUCUUGAGGAGAGGUCGAGGAGAAAAGAAGGCUGCGGCUCAGGGUCGAUACAGUGAGAAGCCGAGGGAGGACUCGGACGAUGAAAGCAUAUAUGGCGACAAAAUCAGAUCUGGGACACAUACUCCGCUAGGAUCAGCUGAACCACCGGGUCCUGGACACCUUAGCAAGCGACAAUCAUGGAAUCAACCUUCUGACAUGACAACGACGGAGUUGCUGGCCGCAAACACACAUCUCAUGGCACGGCUGAAGCCAUUCUUGACGAAUCCAUUAGUAUCUACCCCUAUUACAGUAUUUUUCUAUGAUGAGAAGACUUCUGUGUCUCGUACGGUCACGACCAAUGACGCUGGUCAUUUUAUUAUGAGAGCUGCUCUAGACUUUGUCCCGACUCAUGUGAGAGUAUUGGCCUCGGAACAUCUCUCGGCAACGGAAGAAGUCAAGAUAACCCAGCCGAAGGGAGUCAGUCUUAUCAGUGAUGUUGACGAUACUAUUAAGCAUUCGUCCAUCGGUGGUGGGCCAAGAGAGAUAUUCAGGAAUGCCUUCAUUCGAGAUCUAGCAGAUCUGACAAUUGAUGGCGUGAAAGAGUGGUACAACACCAUGUAUGACAUGGGAGUUGGGGUUCAUUAUGUUUCAAAUUCUCCCUGGCAGCUGUUCCCGGUUCUGGUCAGUUUUUUCCGAAAGGCAGGUUUACCACCUGGAUCCUAUCACUUGAAGCAGUAUAGUGGAAUGUUACAGGGGAUAUUUGAGCCUGUGGCCGAGAGAAAGAAGGGAACCCUUGAGAGGAUCAUGAAAGACUUUCCAGAACGUAAAUUCAUCCUGAUAGGAGACAGUGGAGAAGCAGACCUGGAAGUCUACACCGAUGUAGCUCUUGCACAUCCUGGCAAAAUCUUGGCUAUUUUCAUCCGCGAUGUUACCAGCCCUGGGAACCAAGGGUUCUUCGACUCUUCUAUGGGACCAUUGAGCGGUGAUCGACGAAGAGGUCGAGCUGACCCAUCGCGAACUGAAUCAUGGGAUAGUCGCAAAACAACAUCCACAAUCUCGUUGGAUUCGGCGGAAAGACGCCCCACCCUCCCACCAAGAGUUGCUACAGAAGUAGCUCCCCAGACCAGCACUGGCCCAGCUAUGGGCAAAUUGAUCGAUUUCGACGAUGAGCCUCAGCAAGUAGAUAUACAUGAAUCCCAUAGAAGAGUCAUGCCCAGAUCUGCCUCGGAUUUUGAGGGUCUAGACUCCCCAAGGAGGAAAUCUGCUCCUGAAGGCAUAAGCCCUCGUGUACCGCCUCCUCGUCCUGUAAAACCUGCAGGACUACGAGGUGUAUCAACCUCCGGCUCAUCAUCCGAGCCUGCUCUGCCCAAAACGAAGGGUUCUCCACCUCCACCACCUAAGCCUCGUCGGCCAAAUGGCAGUCGAGAGGGUACACAAUCUCACCCACUCUCCCAGGCAACUAGUUCAACAGAUCUGAAAUCACCCGAAGAGGAUUCGUAUCUCACAAGUGCACGCAAUAAGGUAGCUGCAGCUUACAACUCCCUGCCAGAAGUCAGAUCUCACCUGCCUGGCUAUUCUCACGGCCCACUCUCCGAAAGUUCCUCCCUUUCAUCACAAGAGAAACCACCUCCACCCCCGAGACGGGGAACAGGCUCAGUCGGUCCAGCAGCAGCGGCUAUGACAAAACGGAUGUCCUGGAACAGUACUGACACAUCAGAUGACGAGCGGCCGAACAACGGUGUGCCCGUCAACAAGAAGCUCGACUUGUGGCGAAGACGGUGGAAGCGAGCCAAAGACAUCCUUGAUGGACAAGGCGUGCAGUUGCGGGCUUGGAGGACUGGCAGCGAUGUAUGCUUAGAGGCGGUACAGAUGGUUGAGAAGGCGAUGCGAGAUAUGAAUGUUGAGGGGUACGGAAAUGAUGGCAAGGGCAAGACGGGAGAGGGCGGUGGAGAGAUGAAAACGAAAGAUAUGAAGAGGUCAAAUAAUUAA